GCACAGGGCCAGCAGAAUCAUCAGCUCUGGGAGUCAGCACCCACUUUGGGGUCCAGCCUGGCACUAUCUCUGAGCCACCCUGCAGUCUUCCCCACCUACAAUGUGUGGGGAGACACACACGGGAUGGGUGGGGGAGGACAAACAGGAAGUUCUAUGGUGUCAGCUUAGUGUCCAGUGACUGAGGCAUGGGGUCUGGGUGCAGACAUCCUGGAUUCAAAGCUAUGUGUCCUUUGCAAGUUGCUUAACCACUCCGUGCUUCAGUUUCCUCAACUGUAAAAUGGGGAUAAUAAUAGAACCUACUUCCUAGGAUUGUUAUGGAGAUUAAUGAGAAAAUGCAGGCUGGGUGUUUAGAAAAGUGCCUGGCACAUGGUAAGAGUUCCUGAGAUACUAAGACAUGAAUAGAUACCUACAGUGGUAUUUAUUACCAGAAGCCAGUGUUUGCUGGGCUCUAUAUUGUUUUUAUAUUCUGAUGAUCCCCUGUGUCCCCUCUAGCAAUCACUUCCCUCUUCUAAUACUCUCUCCCAGCACUGAACAUCCCUCCCCUCCCCAUCAUCCCCAUCUUAGUCUGGCAAACCUACCUCCUCCACCUUUUCCUAGCUUUUGCCCAAGUUCUUUCCUGCUGGGCUUUGACUGCCUAUAUUUUGGACCCUCAGACCUGGGCUCCACUCCCUCUGUAACUUGACCCCCUCCCACCCUGCCCCAGGCUGUCCCCAGCAUUGCUUAGCUCCAGACACUGAGUCUUGCUUCCUGUCUGUGUUUCGGACCAAGGCUCCUUGAGGCUGGAAUGAGGCCCCACCCUCACCGGGCUGGAAGCCCCAGCAGCGCCCAAAGGACUGACUACCACACCAUUUAGUAAGUCCUACCUGAGCUCUAGCUCCAGUUUCCCCUAAGAGGGCUGAGCCUCGUUCUCAUCUGACAUUCUCAUGGGCUUGCUUUCUGCUGUCCAGGAGCAACUUUAGUUCAUUUUGAGAAGUAGGGUAGCAUAGUGGUUAAGCAUGAGAGCAUGCUUUGGGUCUGAGUGUGAGUUCCACUGCUUACUGGCUGUGUUACCCUGUGUAAGUUACUUAACCUCUCUGUGUCACCAUUUCCUCUACUGUAAUGCAGUUGUUGUAUGAAUUAAGUGAGUUGAUGCAGAAAAAACAUUUACGUCUACUGGUCAGCACGCAGCAAAAGAUAACUAUUAUUGUGGGGAGACUUCUAUUGCUAUUAUUAUCGUUGGUGUUGUUUUAUUAUAGUAGGCCCACUGAUAAACUUGGCCUCCAGUGGAAGGAUGUUUCCGAGCCCUUUUACAUGAACCCACCCAUAUUUGUGGGCUCAGCCUGGAGACCUUUUCCCAGACUACCUGGUUGCUGGGUCAGACAAACAACAGGGACUUUUCAGUACAGACAAUAAGAACUGGUUUUCUUAAAGGGGUGGGGGCCCCAGGCAGGGUGGAAGCAAUCCUACUUACUGCUGGAUUACUGAUCAAAUCCGGGAGGGGGAAAUGAUCCCCACCCAUGCCCAUGUCUCAAGUAGUGGACACAGACUCUAGCUAGAGCCUGAGAGAUCAGACUACAGAAGAGAUUUUCUAGCUUCCUACUGAAUGUGCCACCCUCCUCCCCUGGGGAGUAGGACCAAGUACUUUCUGGCCAGUAGGAGGAGGUGGAGUCACCCUCUUAAGGCUAGGAGAGGGUCAAGAUGAGCUAUUGAGUCUGGAAUUUGGCAAGCAGAGUUGUCCAAAACACAAGUUUCCAUUCGCAGGCAAGGGGAGGCUGAGAGGGGAAGGGAGCAGGAAGCGUGUGGCAGUGGAGGCAGGCGGACAGGUAAUGAUCCCUCGGGUGGGGGAGGCCUUAGUUGAUGGGCCUCCUCCCCACUCCCAGCCCCACAUCUGGGUCUCAUUACUCUAGUAACACACACAGGUGGAAAAAUGUUCUGGGGACAUUUUUCCAGAGCAGGAGCAGAAGUCAGACCCGCGGUACCCUCCUCCGCGGUCUUUCCACAUCAGCACUUGGGCAGAAAAACCAACUGGCAGGCAUUCUCACACACACACACACACACACACACACACGCGCGCGCGCACACACAGCCCCUUGAGCCCCGAUUCUGGCACACAGAUCACAGGAGAGGGUCGUUGGGUUGGAGGUUGGGCUAGAGGAUGUUCUGACCAAUAAAAUCUGACGUAGGUGAAAAACAGGCAGCAGAAUCACAAUUUUGGAUAAUUUGAAAAAUGAACCUGAACAAGCAGGAAGAAAAAAAAAUAGGAUUUUGUAGAAAUAAAUCAACACAAAAUCCAAACCAACAAGGGCUAAUAUCGCACACACACAGGGUAAAAUUGGUUAUUGACUCAAAAUUGAUGGAGGAAGCAUAGUUUCCUGACACCAGCAGAGCUAGAAAGUUGACCCAGGAAAGGCAGGCCUGGUGGAAGUAACUGGCCAGAAGAGAAUACCCGCAGUGGCAGGAGACAACACUCAUCAAAUUUGGCACAGGCCCCCAAAUUGAGGAAUAAAAUCCUCCUUGUAAAAUUUGCAUAGAAAGUCACUGAUCCCAGUGGGGGAAAAUUCUACCAAAUAAAAAUGAAAGCAGAAAAAAAAAGCAAAUCUUUUUCAUUGCUUUGUAUAAAAAGUUGAUCAAGGAAUUAAAUCGACUUAGAUAGAUCAAGGACUUACAUUUAUGUUCACUCUGGAACACUUAUUCCCCAUAAAAAUUCAAAAAUGUUGGUAUAAUUCUGAUUCUAAAAAUGUUUGUAUUGCUUAACCCAAUGGAUUUAUAUGGUGGAGUCAAAAUGGUGGAUUUAAGGCACCCUAAAAUCAGCUGGUGAGAACAUACACACCACGUGGGCCCACCUGCUUGGCUCACUCAGCCACAGCCCUCCUUCCCAGGCUCCCUGGAAUGUCAGAUGCCCAAACUACCUGGCAUCUCCCGUCUGCCCCACCCAGGGGGGAACAAUGGGGCCACUGUGACCCUCACAAGAUUCUGGUGGCCUCACAAUGUUCCCCUGAGGUCACCACAGGGAUAACCUUACCACCCCCUGCACCUGAGGCACAACUCUGCUGAGGCCAGCGUGGGUGACCAUCCUUAGUCCUCCUUCUGGCCACCCAGGGCAAGGCUCCGGCCAGAGCCGUACAAGGAAGCCUCUGAGGGAACCAGGAGCUGGGACGCACCUCCCCCACCGAGGAGCAACUCAGGGGAGGCUUCCAGCCACCGUCCUGGAGGUGCUCGCACCCAGUUCCCUUCACCCACCCCAGCAAGAGAUGCAGAAGGACACUUCGCUGCCACCCCCAUCUGGGCCCUUGGCCUCAUACACUGCCCUGGGUGCAGUCCAGCAGGCCAGCACGUCCGGACUCCCGAGCAAAAGAGGGACUGGGUGCCAUGCCUCCUCCAAAGCCCACCGGAAGCCCAGCAUAUCCAAGGUGAUCCUGGGGGUCAUGGCGAACAAGGGGGCGCGCAACCGCGUGUCCCUGGCUACCCUGAGGAAGGCCGUUGCCACCAGUGGCUACAACAUGACCCGAAGCGCCUGGCGCUUCAAGCGAGCGCUCAAGGGGCUGGUGGACAAGGGCGUGCUCAAGCAGGUGACAGGCAACGGGGCCACAGGCUCCAUCUUAAUGGGCAAGAAGCAUGCCUCCAAGUUCAAGCUCAAGGCAAAGAGACGGCAACAGCAGCAGCAGCGGCAGUCUGGGCAGCGCCGGCCUGGGCAGCGCCGGCCUGGGCAGCGCCGGCCUGGGCAGCGCCGGUUGCCCAUGGGCUCCAAGCAGGGGCACAAGAGGCUCGCCAAGGGGGUUCGCAGGGCGGCCAAAUGCUGCCGCAGUUAACUAGGCAGGCUAGGCAAGCAGGGAGGGGUGCCAGGCCCGCCACAGGCUCAGUGCAGUGGGAAUAAAAGCAGCCUAACUUAUUUCACACCUGCCUCCUGGAAUCUCUGGGGUUCAAGGGAGAGGGAGAGAAAGAGGUCUGGGGGCACAGAGGAAAGGUAAGGCCAUGGGUGGGGAAAACCUGGGCAAAAUAAGAGUGAGAUAGAUUUGGGAAGGGCUGGAGGAAUUGAAAGCAUCCAGAUAUUAGCUGGUCCAACCGCAUCAUCUUGCAGGUGAAGAAACUGAGGCCAGACAGAGUCACAGUAAUUGUGUGGCAGAAAGCAGCCUGGAACCCAAGUGUCUGACUCACAGAGAAUCGCGGUUGUGUGUGUGCGUGUGUGUGUGUGUGCACAUGCACGCACUGGAAGCCUUUUAAGUUGCUUUUUAAAGUUGCUUCUCAAACCCUUUCUCCCAGGGUGGCAGCAGAUCCCUGAAGCCUGGCUAGGUUCCCUCUCCUGUCCCACUUUAGAUUCCUCCAUGGAGACCAGAAAAUGAGAAAGCCAAGCCAGGAUAGGUUGGGCCCAGCGCCCAGCCAGCCAAGGGCUGGAGCUCACAGGCCAAGGGUGGCUCCAUCAUCCCAGAGUAUUUUGGUUUGUCUGUUGCUCAUGGAGGUUGGAGGGUCCAGCUUGAUAGUCUAGUCCCACCCAGCCCCCAGAUU